GUUUCUGGCUGAAGCAGAGCGCGUACCGGGAGCAGCCCACUGUGCGGUUCCGGUACGAGGUGCUCUUCGUGGCCACCACCGGGCCCGGCCCGGGCAGCUUUUUGGCGUGGAGCACGUUCCCAGCGUUCAACAGGCUCCAGGAGGACCGGCUGCGAGUCCCACUCCUGUUGGCUAGAGAAGAAGACAAAAAUCAAGAUGGCAAAGUGGAUCAGUUGCAUUUUAAGUUGGAACUUCCACUACAACCUACAGAGCAUGUAGUUGGUGUUCAGCUGAUUCUACUCUUUUCCUACCAGCUUUACAGAAUGUCAACACUUGUGAUGCAGAGCAUGGCUUUUCUUCAGUUUUUUUCUCCUGUGCCAGGGUCUCAGCUCUAUAUGAAUGGAGACCUGAAAUUGAACCAGAGGCAAUUACUUAACCAUUGCGGACUGGAUACCAGAUACAAUGUGUCUGUGGUCAAUGGCACAAGUCCUUUUGCAAGCGACUAUGAUCUAACAAACAUCAUUGCAGCAUAUUGGGAUAGAAAUGUGACAACAGUAUUUUCAGAUCCCAACCCUGUUUGGAUGACUGGAAGAGCAACAGAUAUGCCAUUUAUCAUUAACGCCACUAUUCGUUACCCAGUGGAAGUUAUUAAAUAUCAGCCAGGGUUUUGGGAAAUUAUUAAAUUUGCCUGGAUCCAGUAUGUCAGCAUUCUCCUUAUCUUUCUUUGGCUGUUUGGUAGGAUUAAAAUGUUUGUGUUCGAGAAUCAGGUGUUGACUACAACUCCAAUAUCACCAGUCCUACCAGUGUCUCCAGUACUGUCCUACAAACAGCACCAGUCUUGA